GAUCCGGACCCGGUUGCUGGGUGUUAAGCUUAAUCGGGGCUCGGCGACCCCACAAAACAAACGUCAUCGGAUAGUGAGGUGGGAAGAAUAGCCGAUAUUCAGACGCUCGCAGCAACCAUGUAUUGGCCCUAUGGCACCCGUGCAGUCAAGAUGUCAGUCCGCGGGUGCCGUUGCGCCGCGGUGAUGAGGUUGGUGGUGAUGGGGAGCGGGAGUGGGAGCGGGAGACUGGAUGGCCCCGUCCCCGUCUUUGUUGGGUAUAUGUACCUCGCCUGGCCGGGACUCCUUGAUGGCCUCACAGACUCGGCAGCAGCAGAGGCGCAAACAAACCCCCCAAGACAUCCGCCAAGCCUCUGCUCUUUUCCCCCUACUCUUACACGGCACACCAUGCCCAUCCCCAUGGCCGUCUGGGCCGCGGCCGCCGUCCUGGCCGCCUACGUGCUCUACCGGCGCCUCCUCCCCAAGCCGAUCCCGGGCGUCGCCUACAACCCCGAGGCGGCGGUCUCCAUGCUCGGCGACCUGCCGUCGCUCCUGCGCGACAAGGACGGCAUGUUCGAGUGGAUGGUCAAGCAGGCGGCGCGGCACCCGGACAGCCCGCUGGUGCAGGUGUUCCUGCAGCCCUUCGGCGGGCGGCCCGCGGUGCUGCUGACCGACUUCCGCGAGUCGCAGGACAUCAUGGUGCGCCGCGGCCGCGAGUGGGACCGGUCCGACUGGACCAUCGACCUGCUGGGCGCGCUGCUGCCCAAACACCACAUCAACCUCAAGACCGGCCCCGAGUGGAAGGCCCACCGCCGCCUGCUGCAGGACCUCAUGACCCCGUCCUUCCUCGACCGCGUCGCCGCCCCGCACCUCUACGCCGGCUUCGUGAACUUGGUCGACCUGUGGCGCGCCAGGGCGCGCGUUGCCGGCGGGAGGCCGUUCGCGGCCGAGGCCGACAUCCACCACGCGACCCUGGACGCCGUUCUCGACUUUACCUUUGGCAAGAGCUACCCGCACCGCGCCAUCCCGCCGCAGACGCAGCACCUACUCUUGACCGAGCCGUCGGUCUCCAAUAGCAGCAGCAGCAGCAGCAGCAGCAGCAGCAGCAGUACGGCCGACACGCCCCUCGAAAUCACGUACGCGCCGGUCCACGAGGCCAUCGGGUUCAUGCAGCACUGGACCGAGAACUUCAAGCGCGUGCUCGACAGCCCCUUCCCCGGCACCUACUGGCUGUUCCACAGCAUGAAACCGUCCGAGGUGCGCUUCCGUCGUCGGCUCACCGCCUUCAUCGACGGUCAGAUCGACAUGGCCGUCGAGAGGCUCGAGUCGCGGCGAGGAAAGAAGGAGGCGGGGGAUGGCGACGACACGGCCUGGGUCGGGUCCGCCCUCGAAAUGAUGGUGCACCGCGAAAAGCUCCUUGCCGAGGCGGAGGGUCGCGAGCCCGUGUUCAAGUCGCAGGUUAUGGAGCAAGAGGUACGUUGA